GGCGAGGUGUUUCUUGAUUCGUGCCCAGAAACUUACCUCCUUGUCGUGUCGUUCUUUGCCUCUUCUCCAAAAGGUCUUCGCCCACCACAACACUAUAAAACAAACAUCCUAGAGUCUCCUUAUCUCAACCCAUCUUUGCGUAUUCUUGACGAAGAAGAAACUCACGAACAACGUAAAAUUACUCUCGCGAAGCUCCCAGCAUAGGCCGAUCCCUGCCAUCUCCUCCUCUCUUGCGAGGCUCAUCUGUGUAUAUACAUGGUCAUACGUUACAAAGAGUUUUGCUUUGACGUGGAUGAGAGUGCUCUUGUCGGCACCAGCAACGCACGAGCAGAUGAGCAGCUAAUAUGUGAAACUCGGAAAGGGAAUGCCGCCAGCUCAAGCGCCAAAAAGAAAAGAAAGAAAUUCCAGAUCUUUUCGAGAGAUAGAGGUGGGGAGGUUAGCAAAGUGGAGAAGGUUGCUACCAGAAACGAAGGCACAAAAGAUGUUGAGGUCGAAAAUGUUGCGGAGAAAACAGCAAGAGUUAAGGCUUUGGAAUGGGACCCAGUAAAGUUAAAAGAGAGGGUUCAGGAGCAGCAAGAGCACAAAAGCGAGAAAUGUGACCAGCUAAUCUCUCCUGCCCAGCUAAAAAGCAACCAUGGCACCAGGGACAUCUACGUCAACAGUAUUCCAAGAAAAUCACCAGUCAUCGCAGGAGACAAAAGGAACUUAAAAGAAUGCAAGGGGCACGAAAAGACUAACACGUAUGUGGUCUCCUCUCCCCAGGGUGGCAGCAACGCAAUAUUGUAUGCAAAAGAGAGCCCUUACAAUCAGAAGAAGAAUGAGACAGAGAGAUCAAGCACCCUGGUGCUCAGGACCAGACUGCAUUGUGAUGGCUGUAUACGGAAAAUACAAAGGUGCAUUUUAAAGUACAAAGGAGUUGAAUCGCUGGCUAUAGAUGCAAGCAAGGAUCAAGUAUCAGUGACAGGGGUAGUGGACAUGAAAGAACUCAUAUCUUACCUAGAAGACAAGAUCAAGAGGAAUGUUGAAGUAGUUCCCACAAGAAAAGGAACUGGUAAAGAGAUUAAAGACAAGGUUAAUAUGGGUGGUCUUGCUGGUGAUGGAGAUCAUGGCAAGAAAGAAGAACAAAUUCCUCUCACCAAGAAUGUGAACCAAAGAGAUAGCCACCGGACACUACCUCAUCCUAUCACACAGUGGAAUGAUGGAGAACUCCAUGAUCAGAAUUACGGCAUGGAAGCUUACCGAGGUUACAUAAAUCAUGGUGCUUCAUAUCAGCAAUUCAAUCACUCAUACACCCCUGACAUUUUCAGUGAUGAGAACCCUAAUGCUUGCUCUAUCAUGUGACAGAUCAGUUGUGCCUGUGGAUUAAGAAAAAUCGUGCUUGAGAAUGCUAUGUAUAACCAAGUGUGCAGUGUAUAUAGGUCUUUAGGGUCAAAGAAGAGUUUCCCAAGUCAUUAUGUUGACAGAAGAAAGGUAAAACUUCCCUAAAAAGGAGGAAAAUGUAAAGAGUAAGGGAAAACUUUUCAUUUAGUGUAGCUGCCAGUAAGGACACUUGAUCCCAGCUAACACAUUUGGCCAGAUCAGAGUGACUAUACUAGUUGUCUGCCGUCAUUUGCUCCUAUCGAGCGGGGCUGAAUUCUGCCAUAUUGGUGGAUGGGGAUUUGGGAUCAUACUAGG